CACUUGCUCUCUGGCCCCAACCUUGGCUGUCUGGCCCUCACCCCGGACUCAUAUGGAGGUGUUAAGUGGAUGGGUAGAUUCCUGUCAUCUCAUCUGGGCCAAAAGGAAGAUACUGGCAUCCUAAAAGGUGAAGAGACUUUGUCCAAGGUCACACAGUAAGCUGACAGAAGCUUGUAUAUUGCUGGAGCUGCCAUGUCAGAAGGAGAGAGCAAGGACAGCGUGGGCAGUGAGUGUCCUGUGUGCUAUGAGAAGUUUCGGGACCUAGAGGGAGCCAGUCGGACACUGAGCUGUGGCCAUGUCUUCUGCCAUGACUGCCUUGUUAAGUACCUGCUUUCAUGCAAAGUGGAUGGGCAGAUCCAAAGGACCAUCAUCUGUCCUAUCUGCCGCUAUGUCACCUUCCUCAGUAAAAAGAGUUCUCGUUGGCCCUCUUUGUCAUCAUCGGAGAAGAGUCCCCAGACCUUGGCAAUCCCUGUGGGCUUAGAUAACCUGCCCUCUCUGGAUGCCUUGGGACACACAAACCCUCUAACCAUUCCUCAUCCUCUCUGGGUUCCUUCUCAGGGCCAGACGAGGGUACUCACCCAAAGCCCUUCAUUUCCCAGGGACCUGCUGCCCAGCCUAGUCCGAGAGCCCCAGAUCUUUAUCAUCAGUCCACAUGGGAUGCCACUAGGGGAAGAGGACAGUGUCCUGCCCAGGCAGAGUCUAGCUGACCUCUCAGAAGCAUCUCCAGCACGAAGUUCUUUCUGCUCCUAUUGCUGCCGUUCUCGAGUAAUGCUGCUGCUAAUUCUCAUCACAAUAGUGGCUGUGAUAGCCACUAUCCUUCCCUGGGUCCUACUGGUGAGGAAGGAGGCAUGACUUUGUCUGGGGAUGCAUCUGUACAAAGUCCCAUUAAAGAGCAGCCCUAGAAGCUAAGAAGCUUCUGAGCCAGACAGAAACCCAGAGAGCUCAGCCUCACACAAUCACAGAUAUUUUCAGCAUUAGAAGGGAAAGGACAGAAGUCUUGAGGGACCCGGAAGCUAAAAACAAUGCUGGUUCCAUCUAACUAAGCCACUCGGAGUUCUCAGGCAGGGUUAAAUGACCUAGGAGAGGAUGGGGAAAUCUUAGUAUAGUUCUGCUACAGGAUUGGGAAAAGUGGUGGUUUUUUUUCCUACCAGCUAGCCCAGGAGGGAGUCAGGGCAAGGGAAGUUAAAGACAAGACAAAGUGCAUCUUCUUGUUAUUCAGCCUCAGAGUCCAGUUUGGAGAUGGAGAUUCUGGAGGCUGGAAAUGGGACUUGAAGGGUUGAUCCUAAAGGGGUAAUAUGUCAGAGGGAAUAGUAACACCAGCUGCCUACUGGGAAGCACAUGCUUGAACCGAGGUCAGCUAAUAACAUCCCUUUGCCCUCCAGUCCCACUUCAGAGCAAUGCUCAUAAAGAGGAAGGAUUCCUACCUAAAUGACCAAGGAACAGAGGAUACUUCAUUCACAGACAGCCCCAGUAUUUGGGACUCUGAUAACCUUCACUUUUACCAUGAGGCCCCAAAGAAGGAAUGACACUUAGGGAGGCAUCUUAGUAAGCCAGAACCACUCCUUCCUCCAAUAAAGGAGGGGUCUAUGGAAAAGGCCUUCCAUUCCUUUCCUGUUCAGGCAGAACAGAAUCCAGGGGAAAGCAGAAAGUGUUGAGGCUGCCUCUUCCCUCUUCUUAUAGGAUCAUGAGCCCUUCUCUUUCCCUUCAGGGAAGGCUUUAUUGCUCACUGAUCUGGCAUGAGACCACAGAAAAGACUCACUGAUACAAAAGAAGUUCUGGCUUGCCAAAAAAAAAAAAAAAAAAAAG